UCGGACCCCACGGCCUCCGAGGACUCAAUGACAAUGGCCUACUCCUCCUUCCAACCUGCGCGGUGCACCGUCUCAUACUGACCACCACUUACUUCAGCCAACCGCUGCAGCACAAGACGACCUGGAUGCACCCCAGAUCCCGUCAGUGGCAUCUUCUGUACUACGUCCUCGUGCGGCGGCGUGAUCAGAAAGACGUGCUGGUGACAAAAGCAAUGCCGGGUGCCGACGGUGAUACCGAUCAUCGUCUCAUUAUCUACAAGAUGCGCAUCUGUCUCCACCCACGCAGGAGACCCCGA